AUGCAUGCGUCAAGUCUCCAGGUGGCAAUCAAGUGCAAGAACAUCCACGGCGACUACGAGAGCAAGGCAGUGGGUGCCCUCGACGGGACCGGCGCCUUCGGCGUGCCACUCGUCGCUGACCUCCACGGCAAUGACUGCGUCGCACAGCUCCACAGCGCCGCCUCCAACACGCCGUGCCCUGGCCAGGAGCCAUCAAAGAUCGUGCCAGUUUCGGAAGGCACCACCUUCGGCAUCGUCGCCGGUGACAACAUUGCCACGCCAUCCGCAGCAUCGCCGGAGUGUGUGUCCAUGACCCUGUGCGGGCCAAUCAAGAAGCACAUCAUCGAGCACUUCCACCACAAGCAGCCGGUGCCGCCGAAGCCGGAGCCCAAGCCCCAGCCCCACCCAGACUACAGCCCCGUGCCCAAGCCCGAGCCCAAGCCGCAGCCCCACCCAGACUACCACCCUGUCCCUCCCAUGCCCACCUAUGGAGGCGGCAGCGACGGUGGAUACCACGGACACCACUGAGUCCAGUCUACCACCGUCGUCCUGCCCAGCCAUGAAAUCUCAUCACCGGGUUCAAAGUCAAUGAGUGAUCGAUGUUGCUAUUUAUGAUCGGUUUGCAUGCGUGGAUGGAUUGCUUGGUGUUGUGCCAUUUGCUGCCCCAUUUUAGUAUUUGCACCGCAAAGUUGAGAGUUCAGAAUAAUAGUUGUGAGCAACACAGGGAUCACUGUGUAUUUUGCUUUUUAAAGAUUUGUAUUUUUGGUGUAUGUUUUGUAUAAAGUUGUGGAUCAAGUAAUUUAAUCAAGUCCAUUUGAGCCAAUGGAAUUACCGCAGAUGUUGGCUUUUUUGGCUUGAUCUUGUUCUACUGUGUGUUGCGUGUGUUUAGUUCAUGUUUUGCCUAAUGUUAUAGGCUUGCUUUUACCUUUAUUUUCUUUUAAG